AUGGAGACAGGACACCCACCGAGCCUACAAGAGCUCUGCGUGGUGGUGCUGAUGCGCCAUCACGCGCAGCUGGAGGACAUCGGGCACAUGCCGUACGCUCUCGUCCGGCGUGUGCUGCUAAAGAUGAGCGCGGAGCAGUUGCUGCGCCUGGAGCGAGCAAGCCCCGCGCUACUGCUCGAGGAUGAAGAGGCCUGGCAGCAGCUUCUGAAAAAGGAUUUUCCGACAAACGUGCACGAGGUCUGGGUCGCGCGGAAGAAGGAUGUGUACGAAUACUACCUAGAGAGCGUGCGCGAACUGGGUCCGCAGGUACUGGAGGACCGCGCGCUCGUGCGCAGCCUCCUGCGCGCAGCCGUCUGUAAGGACCCUGUGCUGUUCAAGUACCGCGUGCCGUCACGCCAGCUCUACCAGCGCUAUGUGCACGAGGACGCCCGGCGGCAGGAGCUGAGCGCUGCCCGCCUACGACAGAGCACGCUGCAAUUACAACAAGAGAAACAAAAGACCCGCAUCACCCAGCUCGAGGACCCUCUUUACCUCGAGCGCGAGCUCAACGCUGGCCGCCAGCGCGCUGCCCCGCAGCGCUCCUCUAUCUACCUGAAGUCCUUUAAAGAGCUCCGUCAGCGCCAAGCCCAUUUUCGCAGCGGCGGCUACGACCCCACACAGCGCCGCAUCGUGCGCGUACAGACUCCGUCCGCGCAGCCCGCGGCGUCCCUACAUCCGCCGCCACAGUCUGCCCCGAUGGCUGGCUCCCCGCAAAAGCCCGCACCGCCUGAGCAGCCUUUGGCAGCGUCCCCCACACCAGAGGCACCGGGCCCGCUCGCGCAGCGCCGUCGCCCUUCUGCCCGCCGCCAGCCGCCGCCCGCUUCCCCUGCCAAGCGUCGCUCCGCACUUUUUUCGUCGCCGGCCCUCUCCACACUAUUGCCUCAGCAAGAUGAUACUGACUCAGACACCGGUGGCAGGCCCCCCAAGAAGCCAAGGGUCUAUAUUCACACGCCGCGGUAG